AUCUUUAAGAGAGACUAAAGGAACUGCCAGUGCAGUGAAUUGUAUGCUGUAUAAAUUUAACCCUUCAAAUUUUGAUUUCUUUCACUUUUAUUUUCUUCCUUUACGGAUACCUCGUCCAGCACAUCUCUUAAAUUCUGCCGGUAGCUCUAGUUAUUAUAAUUUGCAUUAUUUAAAAGCAAUGACUUCUAGCAAACUUGCUCGGGUGAUCAUCGAUACCGAUGCAGGUAUCGAUGAUGCGGCCGCCAUCUUGAUGUUGUUGUCAGCCAACAAAAGAAGCCUUCUGCACAUGUCAGCCAUAACGACCGUGCACGGCAACACAGCUCUGCACAACGUCAACAAGAACGUGUUGCGGCUUCUGCACUGCGUUGACAUGCUCGGCCAGGUCGCUGUGCACAGCGGUUGCAGUACACCUUUAGUACAGCCGUACGGAGAACAGUCCGCUCAGCCGUACCACGGCAAGGACGGCUUUGGGGACACCAAUCUUCCCCAUCCCGAUCUCAACACACACCUUCAUCCCAUGCCGGCCGCCCUCAAAAUUGUUGAAGAGGUUAAUGCGUUCCCGGGUUCAGUGCAUUUGCUGGCUAUCGGGCCUCUGACGAACGUGGCCGUAGCCAAGAUGCUGGAGCCUCGUCUGCUGUACAGACUUGCCAGUCUACACAUCAUGGGCGGCAACACCACAGGACGUGGCAACAAAUCCACAUGUGGCGAGUUUAACUUCUUAUUCGAUGCGGAGGCGGCGCAGAACGUCCUCAGUAGCUGUGGACUGCCGUCCGACACGUCCACGUUUACAGACGGUGAAGGGAGUCUGUGUCCAGUUUUCAUAACGCCGCUGGAGACUUGCAUCCAGGCCGUCAACUUCCCGUUCAGCCUUCGUGAAGAAUAUGGGCGCCACGACACGCCCCAGGCGAAGCUCCUGAACCUGGCGCAGAAGGGCUGCCCCACGGAGGGAGAGUACCGACAGUGGGCGACCUUUGAUGAACUGGCCACCGCCCGCCUCAUCGACACCCUCGUCGGCGACGCAUUCUUGCCUCUUCAGGACCGGCACUCGUACAAGCCUCUGAGCACGGCCACCCUAGACUGCAACGUGACUGUCGAGCUGCAGGGUAGCCACACACGUGGCAUGAUGGUGCUGGACCGCAGGCAGGAGAUUCCGUACUCGAUCCCCGCGUCUCUGCUCACCGGCGUUAACGUAGAACUCUACAAGCGUUACCUCACCUCUGUGUUCACGUAAAUUGCCGUGAAAAUAUUCUAUGUGCGUUUCGUUUUAACGUAGUUGUGUUUGACAUGUUGUUAUUAAUGCUUUUUUGACGGUUUUUAUUAUUGCGUUUUAUGUUCUUGUUUUUAUGUUGGUAAUUUCGGUCAGUAUUUUUUUAAUUUUUGAAGAGAGACUCAAGUAACGCUGAUUCGCAUUUAAAGUCGCCACUCGCUUCCAUUCGCCACCAAACGUUUAGUUGACAAAUUGGGCGUAGAUUCAUAUGUUUUUCAGGACUGUGUUUUCCCUUAGGUAGUUUUUGUGCCUUUGGGUUGGGUUCUGGGUGCAUGCAUCGGGGUUUUAAAUUGUGGUUGAGUCUUAAUUGCUUAACAUUUUACAUUGUGUUUGGUUGGUAGAUAGAGUAUUGACUGAAUGGCGCUUACAGCGUUAAAGCUGUUAAUUGAGUGAUCUUCCUCUUUGUUGCUAGACUAUUUUGGAGUGAUGUUAGUUUUUUUUGUUGAUGAAUGAUGUUUUUUUUAUGUAGUUCUAUAAAAUUCCAUCAGCUUAAGCUCGCGGUAGAAGGUUAAUAUUAUUUCUCUCAUAUUUUUAUUUCACAUUUCAAUAACUUAAUGAAUACGGUCAAAAAAUUUGAUCCAAGUUUAGGCUUUCUUUGAACUAUCUGAUCUACUGAUGCGUAGACAAUUUCAUGAAUGACUUACUUUUGACUGCAAUUUUCUUUAAGGUAAGAAAGUGCCAAAAGCUCUCUGCAGCUUCUAUGAAAUUUAUUUUCCAUGCAAUAUUAUUGAAGGUAGAGGACUGGCUUAUGCAUGCGCUCGGCAGCUUUCCAUGCACCUGUCUUUCGUUGCAAUUCUAUUUUAAGUUAAGGCAAGGACAGAGCCACUGCUGCUUUUCAUGUAACCGCCUUACGUUGCAGCUUCAUUUUAUUUUAUAUGAGUAGCAUGUGCCCAGUAGCUUUUUAUUCUCGCAAGUCUUAUUCUUAGGAUAAUCCUUUCUUACUUUUGUUUUUAAUUGACAGUAAACCUUGAGUUUAUUUCA